AUGGCGACUUUCGACGAGACAUUUAACCCUGCUGCGCUCGCUCGGUCAGAUACAAUCGUCUCAACGGCCAGCGUCGCCAAAGGCGCACCAGGCUCUGCCACCAAAACCCCAAAAGCUACUCAGAAUUACCCCCGGAUAGACCUGGAACCCCUCUAUACUGAACUCAAGUCCCUGAUCGGUCACAACUGGGAUACAUACUACGACGCUCUUACACGGUUCAUCAGAGGCGAGCUGCAUGCCCGCGAGUUCGGCGAUCUCUGCGAUGUAUUCGUUUACGCCUCCCCGCAAUCCGAACAUGCGCAUAAUUCUCUAAUCGUCGCUGUCUUGUGUAACACAACCAAGGAUGCUCCUGAACCAGGCCUUGCAGCGUGGGUCAGUGCGACUACAGAAAAAGCCUCUCUGGCUGCCACAUCCAAACCUGCCAUCACGAGCGAUGCAGGAGAACAAAGACUCAAAGCUGAAGUCAUGGCUCUACCGCCAAGGGAAAGACGGAGGUUCAAAGGUGUCGCAAACGACAAAGCAGAGGAAGAAGCCGCUGCACGAAGAAACCAAUACGAGGACUAUUAUCAGGCCGGUCGAAUCCGGGUACCCGAGUCCACUGCAGGUCCAGCAACCGGUCUCACGACGAAGACCAAUUGGGAUUUGGAGAUUAGGAAGAGAUAUGUCCAACCUCUGUUUGCGGAGACGCUGGAAUUCCCGGAUGCAAAUACAUUACAUGCUAGGAUGGUGCCAAUCUGCUAUGAGGAAGCCAUUGCUUCAGGCUGUUCCACCCAAUGUGCGGAUCUUGUCGGGAUAGCAUCGGAGAUGUACCUCAAGAACAUCCUAAGCGAGGUAUUCAACAGGACAAGAUCGAACGGGCCACGCUAUGAGAACAGCGCCGGUGGAGGAAUCCUCACCACUUCGUACAAGAGGAAGAUCGAGCGAGAAGAAGCCGAGGUCAAGGCUGGGAAACUGCAGCGCACCCGAGACGACGACAUGUUGCCUUGCGAGGCUCAAGCGGCAUAUUCAAGGCGACCUCUCGCCAUGGUGGACCUUCAACUUUCCAGCCAGGUUGGGCCGCUGCCGUGGAAUGGAUCACCCGUGAUCGCGUGGAACAUCAACAAUGCUUCUGCAGGGUACGACUACGACGAGUGGUAUACCGAACAAGACCAAGUCAUGACGAAUGGUCAUGUGGACGAUCCUGAUGCCCUGGAUAUCGAUAAUGCUGAUAAUUACGGCUGGGAGGGAGCUGGUGCUCAGGACAGGCCCAGACUAGAUUCGGUGCUUGCUGAUUGUCUGGCGAUCCCCGUCUAG